CUUUAACACGGCAAUUUCGCUCGUUGAUACGCGUGAUAAGUGAGAAGUUUCCGUACAUUAAACUAUAGUCUUCUUUCUCGAAUUUGGAGAAAUAGAACUGUUACAUACUAAUUAAUUAUUAUCUGUUGCUUAUCCAUAAAAAAAUGUGAUCGCAAGUCGGCUUGAACUUUGAUUCAAGUUUGAAGUAAAAUUUUUCAAGUUGCUCCUUAAUUACCACAAGUUUCUUGGAAAAUUUAUGAAAAAACAGCCGCAUUAAUUUGUAUCUUACAGUUGUAAAAUAGAGAGCCACACUACUCGCGUUUUGACGUUAUCUGUGUUUCCGAAUUUUGUGUGAAAAUAAGAACGACGAGCGAAGCGAGCAAGAAAAAAUGCCAGGAAUCUUGUUGAUCUCGUGAUGAAUUGCUCAAGUGGCUGUGGUCUCAUUUCUUUGGUAUUAUCCUUAUUCUUUUCAACACUUGUCGCAAGGAGUGCUUUGUAACAUGGAAGAGAAUAUUAGUUGUAUGGAGGAAGAAUGUUUGAUCGAGAAGAGAAGAGCGACUGCCCUAAAAGAGUGCAAGGAGAUAUUGCAAGGAGAGGGAUCGGGACGCUAUAGUAAGGAAGUUUUUAGAAGACUCUUCGAAGAUCAAAGACUUCUUGGUAAAUUAUUUAUACUGUUCGAUCAAGAUCGUGAUGAGCUAUUGAAACAGGAUGAAUGGAUUGAAUUUCUCAAGGGGAGGCUGACAAACGAGAAGCAAAAUGAUUUCAUAGAUCAAAUCGAAAGUGUGGCAUACGUGCUAUGCGGAGAGAAUCCAGUAAAUCUCUCCAAUUUUCAACAGAUCUUUUAUACAAAAGGGAUCGUUGACAAAUUGUUUCGGUCAAUUGAUCAAGAGAACUCAGGAUGUGUAACAUUAGCUCAAAUCAUGGAAUUUAUAUCUGGUGUGAGUAAUACCAGACCACAUGCUGGUUUUGAUAAAACGAAUCUCGAAUGGCUGGAAAAGAUAUUUAAGCAGACUGUUGGAAAUGAAAGAGAAAUACGUCGCGAGGAAUUUAAAACGAUUGUAACUUCGAAGAACUCAUUCUUCACCGAGAGAGUCUUUCAAAUAUUCGAUAAGGACAAUUCGGGCACGAUAUCACUUCAGGAAUUUCUGGAUGCUAUGCAUCAAUUUGCUGGAAAGUCUCCGGACGAUAAAAUUAGAUUUCUUUUCAAAGUUUAUGAUAUUGAUGGCGAUGGAUUAAUACAACUUCGCGAGCUGGAACAUGUGAUGAGAGCCUGUAUGGAAGAGAAUGGCAUGAAGUUUAGCGACGAACAAAUCGAAGAUCUAACAAUUGCGCUUUUGGAAAAUGCUGAUCAGGGUAACAGAGGAGCGAUUACCUUUGAAGCUUUAAAAAGACAGUUACAGGAACACGAUGGUCUACUGGAAAAUCUCACGACCAGCAUAGAUCGCUGGUUGAUACCACCACAGCCGAAGCUGAAACAAAAAUCCUUUUUGGGAGUAUUUUCCUCCCUUCGUCCGUAUCAACUCACAAAACCGUACAUGAAAAAUAAUUACGUCUACAUUGCCUUCAUUUCGAUGUUUCUUCUCAUUAAUGUGGCCCUCUUCGUCUCUCGUCUUUAUGAAUAUCGAAACUACAGUGGCUACGUGAUGAUCGCUCGUGCAAGUGGACAAUGUUUAAACUUCGACUGCACGUUUAUCCUGGUUUUAAUGCUGCGUCAGUGCAUAACAUUUUUGCGAACGCACGGCUUUAACUCCAUCGUACCUCUAGAUCAUCAUAUAUAUCUUCAUAAAAUCACAGGGAUGUUGAUCGGAGUUUUCGGCAUUGUACAUACUCUGAUGCACCUCGUUUACUGCGGUACGGUAAUAAUAAAAGACGAAAAAAUGAAUAGUGGAAACUACACGAUGUCUGAAUGGUUAUUAACGAGCCGACCUGGAUAUUUUGGCUUGGUAGCAGGCAGUGCAUAUCCAACUGGAGUAAUUUUACUUAUUAUACUCGUCAUAAUGAUCGUUUGUUCCAUGCCAUUUGUACGGCGUGGAGGUUGCUUUGAGAUAUUUUAUUGGUCUCAUCUAUUGUACAUACCAUUCUGGAUUUUGAUAAUUUUUCACGGCCCAAACUUCUGGAAGUGGUUUAUUGGCCCAGGCAUCAUUUUUUUAAUAGAAAAAAUUCGUCAAUUUGUGUGGUUACGUUCUCAGCGUGGAAAGACAUACAUAAGUUCCGGUCUCUUGUUACCUUCAAAGGUAACUCAUUUGGUCAUUAAGAGACCACAUCAUUUUCACUUUCAUCCCGGCGAUUAUGUGUUUGUAAAUAUCCCAGUGAUAGCAAAAUUCGAAUGGCAUCCUUUUACCAUUAGCAGUGCUCCGGAACAAGAAGAUUAUAUGUGGUUGCACAUUCGCGCAGUUGGCGAAUGGACCAAUAGUUUAUAUUCGUACUUUGAGAAAGAACAAAUAAAACUUCACCGUGGCGAUAUUUUACCUGUCGAGAACUGCGAUGCUACAAGUGUUUCCCGAAAGAGAUCAUUCCUUAAUGGCAAGAAACCACCACUUAUUGUAAAACGAAGACCGUCUACGGAAUCUGUGUCUCAUGCUGGUCUUAACAAUCCUGUGUUUGUAUCUGAUUUAGCAAAGACUGUAUCACCUUCACACACACCCAUCAGUAAUCAAUCUUAUUUGAGGACUCCAGAAGAUGUACUAGAAUUAAAUAAGGGAUGGACAGGUACGUCUGCAAGAAAAGAUAAGAGACUCCAUCAAUUACUUCUUGAUAGCAAAAUGCCACUUGAAAAAUCACAUUCGAUGCCCGACAUGCAAACAAAAAAGAAAAAGAAGGAACGACUUAGAGCACUUCGUGAUUAUACGAGAUCAGAAUCGGAGAGGAGUUUUGAUGAGUGCCAGGUGAAACAAGCGCGAUUAAAGUCAUUGGGCUUAGCUUAUUUGAGUCCGCAAAAUAAAUCGUUAGCUCAAAGUUUUCGGUAUAUGCGAACGAAACCAACCAUUAUCGCUUUUAAAACACCCAGUCUCGAAACAUAUGAUUAUGAAAUCGAUGCCUUGCCAAAUACAGCAUCAAAUGAGAAUGUGAUGAGAAGAAAUAAAACAAUACCAGUUACACCAGUAGCUAUGCAAAUUGCGGCGGAGGAAGGAAGAUUGAAAAAAGGUUUCGGUGAAGAUAUGGAUACAAGUUUAGAAAGCUUAGAUUUCAAAUCGGAACAUUCUUCUCAUUCAACUAUAAAUUAUCCAGUAGGAAAACCAUUGGAGAUCUUUUUAGAUGGCCCGUACGGAGCACCCUCGAGCCACAUUUUCCAAGCACAACACGCUGUGUUAAUUGGCACAGGAAUCGGAGUCACACCUUUCGCUUCUAUACUGCAAUCAAUUAUGCAUCGGUACUGGAAAGCGAGACAUACGUGUCCAAAAUGCUCGUUCUCUUGGGCCUGCGAAAUUCCGCCCACUGUAAUGAAUUUACGAAAGGUGGACUUCUUUUGGAUUAAUCGCGAUCAACGUUCGUUCGAGUGGUUUGUAAAUUUGUUAUCUCAACUUGAGAUAGAACAAGCCGAGUUAGGUAUCACUAUGGAACGCUUUUUAGAGAUGCAUAUGUACAUCACAAGCGCAUUACAAAAAAAUGAUAUGAAAGCAGUUGGCUUGCAGUUAGCGCUGGAUCUUCUGCAUGAAAAGGAAAAACGAGAUCUUAUCACGGGCUUGAAAACCAGAACAAAUGCGGGUCGUCCAAAUUGGGAUAAAGUAUUCAAGCAGCUUCAAGAUAAGAAAAAAGGAAAAAUUACAGUUUUCUAUUGUGGACCACCGCAGCUUGCCAGAAUUCUUCGAUACAAAUGCGAUCAGUUUGGCUUCUGCUUUAGAAAAGAAAUUUUUUAAUAUAUUAGAAAAGAAAAUCCAAUAAUUAUUGCGUCACAAAAUAUUUAUGAAGAAUGCUAACAAUAAUAGUUUAUUUCUCGUACAUCGUACUAUUUUUACGAAUUGUAAUUGUAUAAUAAUUGUACGUUAAAUUAUUUUAAUAUGU